GAGGCCCUGCGCGCUUUCCGCGCCAGCUUUAGCGUCAGCCCGCGAGCCCUGGCGUCGCGUAGGAGCGAGGAUGGAGAGCGGCGACGAGGCGGCCAUCGAGAGGCACCGCGUCCACUUGCGCUCCGCUACAUUGCGCGACGCCGUCGCCGCCACACUGCACCUGCUGCCCUGCGAGGUCGCGUUGGACGGGCCCGCCCCAGUGGGGCGCUUCUUCACCCCCGCCAUCCGCCAGGGCCCCGAGGGACUCGAAGUGUCGUUUCGGGGCCGCUGUCUACGGGGAGAGGAGAUGGCGGUGCCGCCUGGCCUCGUGGGAUACGUGAUGGUGACGGAAGAGAAGGAGGUGUCGAUGGGGAAGCCAGACCUCUUGCGGGAUUCCGGGACUGACGACCAAGCAGAGGAGCCGCUGGAGCGGGACUUCGACUGCUUCAUUGGAGCCACUGCCAGCUUCAGCCGCUUCACCCUGUGGGGUCUGGAGACCGUCCCUGGCCCGGAUGCCAAAGUGCGUGGGGCCUUAACUUGGCCCAGCCUUGCGGCAGCGGUGAGUAAACGAGGAGCUCCGUCUUGCCGCCGGGUGGAUGGGCUGGGGAGCACAGUUGGGCAGAUGGAGCCUGGAGGAUUCUGCUGGGCAGUGCGUGGGAAGCGUAGCUCCCUGACCACUCUUCCUAGCAUGUCUAGAAGGGGUUAUUCUGAACAGCUGGGUCCUUCCUCGGGUAUGGGGGCCAGCCUGCCGCCCUGUCUUACAAGUCGAACAGUAGAGGCGACUCCUGUUGCAGAUUCACGCACAGGUGCCCGAGGACUGAGAACCAGAGCUUGAAAUUCAAAGCUGCGAUCCCUUCACAGCAGUAAACCAGCUCUUUGGAACCACUGAUUCCAUCACCCCAAUAAAGGAGCUCUUCACAGCACCUGUGAGUCUGGGCGCCUUAGAGCCCCUAAGCCAGCAUGGGCCCCUUUCCCCCGCCCCUCAAGAAGUUUGCAUGGCUCUGGCAUAUAGAAACAAUUUAUUGCCAGGGGCAAUAUGGGUAAGAGAAGCCAGAAUUUUUUGCAGCCAGCACCCACCCCACCCCCAACUUCUACUUUACAAAAGAAAUUUUUACAAUCACCAGCCCUCUGUACAGAGCUCCCCCACCCCCCAUCUCACUGUACACAGCUGCCUGGCUCCCUUUGGUCCCUGGUUCAGAGCAGGCCUGGGCCUGUGGCCAGCUGACCUUGGAGGUGGCCUGAGCCCUGUGCUUGCCUUGCUGCCGGGCACCAAUGGGCCCCUGCCAGGCCUGUCCCCUCCUUUUGGAGCUGUCCUCAGCGCCAUCUCCCUUAGAGUGCUUUGUGGGAGCUACAGUGGGGGCGGGGUGGGCUAUCAGCCCCAGUCCUGCUGCCAUCUUGGUACUGCAGUGGGCAGUGCCUGGUCACCACUUCCCCCUCUUGCUCCAGUCCUUGGGAGUGAAGUGCAGACACUUGGAGUCAAUCCGCAGGAGCCGCUUGAGCAUGGCCCGCUCAUGGCCAUCCACGAUGUCCUCUGACAGUGUGAGGAUAUACUGGCCCUGGGCAGAGGAGAUGGGUUCAGCAGGUGGUCAGCCCACAGGGGCCUGCACUCUGCAUCCCACACACCUGUCUCCCCUGCCUGCCUCCCUACCUUGUAGUAGUUGAUGAGAUUGAGGUACUGCAGAGUGGAGAUGACAUCCUCCUUCUUGAUGCUGGUGAUUUCACUAAUCUCACUGUGGGAGAGCAAAGGUCAGGUUCCCUGAGGACCUUCAUCUGUCCCCAGGAGCCCCAAGAGUGAGUAAGCCCAGGAACAGACAGGCCAUGCCAUGUACCCCCAGGUAGGCAGCGCCAGGCUCACUUGAUGGUGAUCUGUGGCCUCUCCCCACUCUCCGACUUCAGCCCCAUCAGGAUCUCCAGGAUGGUCUGGGACCAGUAGCUUCGAUAGGAUAGGAGGCCAAGGUCUGAGAGGGGCUUCUCAGGGGUCCCUGUUUUCCCUUCCACUUUGGAGAGUUCAUAGCCUAAAGCAAUGGAGCAGGAGAGGGUGAGUAAGAGGUCACAGAUGAACAUAAGCAACAUUUGAAAACACAGGUCACCAAGGCAGGUUGCCUAGUUCCCAUCAUGGCCCUGCCACUUGGCAGUUCUGUGCCCUCCGCUUCUCUGUGCCUCAGUUCCCUCAGGAAGAACUGAGUAUUCACUCUUCCCCUGUGUGCUGAGCACAGUGGAAGGCAUGAGGGCACUGAGAGGAGCAGCUGCAGUCAACCAUGAGGGUGAUCAGAGGCCAGUGAAGGCUUAUGGGCCGGGGAUGCAGAGAAAAUGGCUCAAAGCUGCCUCCAAUUUUCCUUUGCCAUCCCAGGCUCCAUGUCUGGGCAUGUAAGGAAGUAGAGACAGAUUCCUGUCUCUAAUCCAGACCUGAGAAUGCUUCAAUUCUCAAAGUCCUCCUAGCUGGGAUCUUGGGAGUAUUAGCUGCUGUAAGACCUGAGUGGCCUGACUGGGUGGUUGUGAGGAUGCAAGGAGAAAAGGUGCACCAAGGUGCCUCCCAAGUCGGGGAGACCAUUCCUGGGAGCCAGGUGACUGACCCCCACCGUGGGUGUUUCCCUCCAACUAGUGCUGAUAGCUGGGCACUGGGAGGAAGUCCCAAGUGAGAUCCUCAGACCCUGCACAGCCCUGAGUGGCUUCACAUCUCUUGGUCAGUGUCUUCAUUCUCCCCAGUCAGGGACCUGGGAUGUUUGUUACUUCUAGAAGCCCUUCCUCACCCUCAGAAUGGACCUUAGCCCCUUGCUGGUCCUAUCCACAUCCCGUCUCCAUUGCUGUCUGAGCUCCAAGACUGAGUUUCUUCAAGGAUCCAUUUGUGCUACCAGGCUGAGAAGUUCUGCGAAUGUGACCCCAUCUGGGCAUUAUUUAACCAAUAAAAUGUCUCAAAUGGACCAUAA